AUGCACCUCGCGUGGAGAUGCGACAUGGCUUUGGCCGUGCGUCCAGUGCGGGGUGCAGCUCGAUGCUCUCGCUGGUCCGCGCGACACCGUUGCACGCCGUGGUGCAUGCGAAUCCAAGGCCGUUGCAGGGGAACCCGAAACGCACCAUUGGCGCACAGCCCCAACACAGUGUUGUCGUCUCGCAGCUUCCAUCGUCCUCGUUGUUGUGCGGCUUCAGAAGCAGCUGCCGCCGUUGACUGGAUGGCAAAAGACGACCGACCCACGGCGGAAGAAUAUGAACAUGGAGGGAGCCCGGUGGAAACAAGCUGA